GACUUGCGGGAUUCUCUCUCACUUCUGCUUCCUUGUCAGAGUGACAGAUCUUGGUAGAAGCAGACUGCCAUUUUUUAGGAAGUGCGUGGACUUCCUCUUCCACAGAUCCUGAUUGUAGCUUGUCAUUCCUUUUUGCUUUUUUAACUACAUGUUUUGAUGCUUUAGGUUGAUUUUUUUUUUUAUCUUUGGUUUUAACAACUUUAUCUAGCGGACCAUAUUUAUGAGCCAGCUGAAUAAUCAGUAUCUCCGGACCUGAGUGACUGCAUUAUUGAAGCUCUUGCGGUCUUAAGUGCAGUUUGAUUUUCCCCAAGUGACGAAGUUUUAAAGUUCCUCCCCAGGGUCUGUGAAAAAUGCAGGACUUCUGGGGAGAUGUUGUGAAUUUGAGGACCACCAGAGGAGCUACGAAAUUCUCGGGCAAUGAUGAGGAAGCUGUUGUUGAUCAGGGGAAAACCAGCUCUACCAUCCACACAAACUUUGAAAAAGAGGAGCUUGAAAGUCACAGGGCAGUUUAUGUGGGCGUACAUGUCCCUUUAGGAAGACAAAGCAGACGUAGACAUCGCCACCGUGGUCACAAGCACCAUCGGAAAAGGAAGGACAGAGGGUCUGAGCGAGAGGACGGGCGAGAAUCACCAUCAUACGACACUCCCUCACAGAGGGUCCAGUUUAUUCUCGGCACUGAGGAUGAUGAUGAGGAGCAUAUUCCUCAUGACCUCUUCACUGAGCUCGACGAGCUGUCUUUCCGUGAUGGAAACGCUUACGAGUGGAAAGAGACAGCCAGGUGGUUGAAGUUUGAAGAGGAUGUAGAGGAUGGAGGAGAACGCUGGAGCAAGCCCUAUGUCGCCACGCUUUCCCUGCACAGCCUGUUUGAGUUACGGAGCUGCAUUCUCAAUGGCACUGUCAUGCUGGACAUGAGAGCAAACACCAUUGAGGAGAUAGCAGACAUGGUAUUGGACAACAUGGUGGCGUCUGAGCAGCUGGAUGAGAGUUUGAGGGAGAAGGUGCGGGACGCCAUGAUGAAGAGACAUCACCACCAGAAUGAGAAGAAGCUCAGCAAUCGCAUCCCACUUGUACGCUCCUUCGCCGACAUAGGCAAGAAACAUUCAGACCCGCACUUGCUUGAGAGGAAUGGGGAGGGUCUCUCUGCUUCCCGUCUGUCCCUCCUUAGACGUACCUACUCCACCUCCACUCCCCCCAGCUCGCGCCGUCCCUCCAGAGAGUCCCGCGGUUCCCGUUCCUCCAUCAUUCUCAACCUCUUUCUGCCCAGCGUCAACUCCUCCCCUGCCGCCACCCCCAACGGCUCCCCUUCCGCCACCCCUCAAAACACACCCCCUACCGCCCACCGCGCUUCAUCAUCUCUCCGCUCCCCAGGACCCUCUCAGCAGGGGCCCGAGCUGCUGGUGGCACGGGGAGAGAGAGAGGACAUUCCAGAGGUCAUGGUGUUCCCGCCUGAAGAGGAGGAGGAGGAACCGCAGUCACGGUCUUUCGCCACUAAGGAUGAGAAGGUGGUUCAUGACCCGGCCAGGCUGGCACAGCUAUUGCCCCUACCGCAGUCAGGUCUCCUUGCAUCCCCCCAGUCGGCCCCGGGAAGCCUGGAGAACAGCAAGCACAGUGAAAGCCGUAUGAAUGGCGCUGGUGGCAGCCGGGAAAACAGCACUGUGGACUUUAGCAAGGAGAGCCAAUCCCCUUUUCACUGUAGUUGCAGCUCUCUGGGAAGGGGCAGCAAAAGGCCUACAGUGGACAUGAAUUUCAUGAAGAAAAUUCCUCCAGGCGCUGAGGCUUCAAAUGUUUUGGUGGGGGAAGUUGAUUUCCUUGAGCGUCCAAUCAUUGCCUUCAUCCGUCUCUCACCUGCUGUUCUUCUCACUGGACUGACCGAAGUUCCCGUUCCAACAAGGUUUCUCUUCUUGCUGCUGGGGCCUUUCGGUAAAGGGGGCCAAUACCACGAGAUUGGCAGGUCUAUAGCUACUUUAAUGACAGAUGAGAUCUUUCAUGAUGUAGCGUACAAAGCCAAAGACAGGAAUGACCUUCUGUCCGGCAUAGAUGAGUUCUUGGACCAGGUGACAGUGCUGCCUCCAGGAGAAUGGGACCCCACGAUACGAAUCGAGCCUCCAAAGAGCGUUCCAUCUCAGGAGAAGAGGAAGAUGCCUUCCAUGCCUAAUGGCUCUGCUCCACUAUCAGAGAUUAUCAAUGAAGAGGAACACCACACGGGACCUGAACUCAAGAGGACAGGACGGAUAUUCGGGGGUCUGGUGCUAGAUGUGAAGCGGAAAGCUCCGUUUUACUGGAGCGAUGUGAAGGACGCUUUCAGCCUGCAGUGUUUAGCUUCUAUUCUUUUCCUCUAUUGCGCCUGCAUGUCCCCCGUCAUCACCUUCGGAGGCCUUCUGGGGGAAGCCACCAAAAACAACAUAAGUGCCAUUGAGUCUCUGUUUGGAGCUUCACUGACCGGUGUGGCCUUCUCUCUGUUUGCUGGUCAGCCUCUCACUAUCCUGGGCAGCACUGGGCCAGUUCUAGUUUUUGAGAAAAUUCUUUUUAAGUUCUGCAGUGAAUACGGUCUGUCCUACCUCCCUCUGCGCACUAGCAUUGGCCUUUGGACAGCCUUCUUGUGCCUUGUGCUGGUUGCCACAGAUGCCAGCUCUCUGGUGUGCUAUAUAACGAGAUUCACAGAGGAAGCCUUCGCUGCUCUCAUCUGCAUCAUUUUUAUCUAUGAGGCCUUGGAGAAACUCUUCCAACUGGGGGAGAUGUACCCUUUCAACAUGCAUGACAAUUUGGACAACCUCACAUUUUACACAUGUCAGUGUUCACCUCCAGCCAAUACCACAGAUGAGAUGGUACAGUCAUGGAAUCAGUCAGGGUUUACUCCAGAGACCAUUGACUGGAGUGAGCUUAAUGUGAAAGAUUGCAGGAUACUCCAUGGCGAGUUUGUGGGUCCUGCUUGUGGACAUAAUGGCCCGUACAUCCCUGAUGUAUUGUUCUGGUCUGUCAUUCUCUUCUUCACCACUUUCUUCCUGUCAUCCUUCCUCAAGCAGUUCAAGACCAAGCGAUAUUUCCCCACUAAGGUCCGCUCUUCCAUCAGUGACUUUGCAGUUUUUCUAACCAUCAUGAUUAUGGUCUUGGUUGAUUACUUGGUGGGCGUCCCCUCUCCUAAACUACAUGUCCCAGAUACCUUUGAGCCAACUUCUAAGAAUCGAGGCUGGCUGAUCUCACCUCUGGGUGAUAACCCCACAUGGACGUUGAUCGCAGCAGCCAUCCCUGCCCUGCUGUGCACCAUCCUCAUCUUCAUGGAUCAGCAGAUCACCGCUGUCAUCAUCAACCGUAAAGAACACAAGCUCAAGAAAGGCUGUGGGUAUCAUCUUGACCUUUUGGUGGUGGCUGUGAUGCUCGGAGUGUGUUCUGUGAUGGGCUUGCCCUGGUUCGUCGCUGCCACUGUCCUCUCCAUCUCUCACGUCAACAGCCUGAAGGUGGAGUCGGAGUGUUCAGCCCCGGGAGAGCAGCCAAAGUUCCUGGGUAUCCGUGAGCAGAGGGUUACCGGGUUCAUGAUCUUUGUGCUUAUGGGUCUCUCUGUCUUUAUGACAUCUAUUCUAAAGUUUAUACCAAUGCCCGUGUUGUAUGGAGUGUUCCUCUACAUGGGUGUGUCCUCACUCAGAGGCAUACAGUUCUUUGACCGUAUUAAACUGUUUGGGAUGCCUGCAAAGCACCAGCCUGACCUGAUCUACCUGAGAUACGUGCCGCUGUGGAAGGUUCAUAUAUUCACAAUAGUUCAGCUCACCUGCCUGGUGCUGCUUUGGGUCAUCAAAGCGUCUGCUGCUGCGGUGGUCUUCCCUAUGAUGGUUCUUGCUCUGGUAUUUGUGCGGAAGCUUCUAGAUUUCUGCUUUACGAAGAGGGAGCUUAGCUGGUUGGAUGACCUAAUGCCAGAAAGCAAGAAGAAAAAGGAAGAUGACAAAAAGAAAAAAGCAAAAGAGGAAGCACAGCGCAUGAUGGAGGCAGGAGGAGGAAUAGAGAUCCCUUAUGAUGGUGAUCACCUGGAAAUCCCUGUGAAGACCCUUAAAGUCAGAUCUGACAGUGUAGCCUCCGGCACCUCAUACGAGGAAGACACGAGCGGAGUGGUUGGUCUUUUGUCUACACACAGACCUGCUUGUGUUCUGGUUCCUGCAUAAUCCCUCUUUAUAGGGGCAAAUUCCAAUCUGUGUUUUUGUGCCCUUAAAGUAUCAUGUUAUUUGGGGUCUCUGCGGACAUGAAAAAACAACAUAAUUAUAUACAUAAACAACAGUAAACAGUAAAACAGUAUUUUUAAAAAUAAACAACAGUAUUAAAGUAGCCCAAUUCCACGGGAUAGUCAAUAGUCACUUCAAGAAGGUAAUUUGUGGAUGUGACCCAGGGUAAUGAAUCCUUGUGAUUCAUUUUAAAACUAGAAAGCGGCAGAGUUCGAGUUCACAUGUAUAUUAAACAGAGUAAUUCAAGUUGUUUUGUAUGUGAUAUAUUUCACUUUUUUUGUCAUACAUUUCAAAUGAAGUUUAAAUAAGUUUCAUAGGUAAGAAAUGUUUAAUAGUACAUACUGUACAUUAGCUAAAUGUGACUAGAAAGAAGAGAUGGCAAGUUUGAGAGCGGAAUACACUCACAUAUAUAAUACAUACUGUCUGUAUUUUAAAAAUGUAAUUAUAAAAUGUAUAUUUAUUUCAAAAAAUUAUAUUAACAGCAAUAAUAAGAGAUUCCUGUUGUAAGAACAGUUAAUGGGGUGAUGGACGUCCCGCUGCGUUGUCAUGUUAACAUUCCAGGUGAUGAUAAUGAGGAAAUUACAUUGUCUUUCACUGCUCACUUCACCAAGUGCGGUCCAAACGGCUACAUUAUGACUCCAAAGUCCCCACUUCAGGGGCUCUGCCCUUCAGAGUGAGUAGGGCAUAGGGAUGCUCACUUCCGAUUGGAAUUUGCCCCAGCUCACUGUGUUAAUCAUCACUUACAUUUGAUUAACACAGAGUAGUUUGCACAUCACUGUGUGAGUGCAUGGUUACAAGUCUAAAUCUAAAUCUGACAGCUCUGCAUUGGUUAACAGUCGUGCACCUCAUUGAACUUGUCCUUUCCCAAUGCAGAACAGCUUCAGAUGAUGAUUGUUGCUUUUGAUUUACAUUGAAUGCUCAGUAAUCGACAUUCCAUGUGUAAACCAGUGCUCAGCAAUAUCUAAACCAAUUAACCAGGGCCAUCUCAUUGACCGAUACACUUGUUAGGCUUCACUAACAGGUUUUAAGAGCAUUUGACUCCAUGUCGGAGGGCUAACUCUCAUGACAUUAUUAUUAUUAUUAGAGGCAUUAAUAUUAGAGCAGUGACUUUUGUUUAACAUUCAAAUGACAGUUGAAGUCAAGUUAGUAUGUAAAUUUACUCUCAAGGCCAGAGUAAUCCACAUUGUUACAUGGUUCUCUUGAUUCUGACUGGCCAAUUGUGCAAUUAUGUGGUAGGAUAUUUUAUAUGAUUAUGUAACAUCAUUAUUAAAAUUAUAUCCAUAUCAAAUGUGUGCUCAAACCAGAGGUUUCCUCCUUGAUGAUUAUACACAGUUUCGACAUACUGUUCACUACAGUUCAAAAAGUUUGGGGUCAGUAAUAUUUAUUUUGUAACAUUAGAAAUGGCUUUACUAUUUCAAACAAAUGCUGUUCUUUUGGAAUUUUAUAUUCAUCAAAGAAAAAUAUUUCCAGAAAAAUAUUAAGCAACACAAGUUUUUCCAACAUUGAUAAUAAUAAUAAUACUUUUUUUUUUUUUUUGAGCAGCAAAUCAGCAAAUGAGAAUGAUUUCUGAAGGAUCAUGUGACACUAAAGUUCAUUAAAAUUCAGCUUUGCAUCAGGAAUAAUACAUUUUAAAAUAUAUUCAAAUAGAAAACCGUUAUUUUAAAUUGUAAUAUUUUACAAAGUUACUGUUUUUACUGUGUUUUUGAUAAAUAAAUGUAGACUUGGCGAGAUUAAGAGACUUCUUACUGACCCUAAAUUUAAACAGUAGUGUAGUUUGGUAUUAUUAAACCACUAAUUUUUUUUUAGGUUGCACUGUGAAUUUGAUUUUGCUUUGAAAGUCCAAGGAUUGAUUUUUUUUUCUCUUUUUUUUGUAGUAGUAGUAGUAGUAGUAGUAGUUUGGGAAAGUCAGUCCAUUUUGCUUAGUGUCCUUUUCGUAGUUACUUUAUCUAAUCUAGAUCCAAUAGACAGGUCUUACAGAAGAAAAACAAUUCCAAUAGGUUGAUGUUUAGCUUUCAGCACGGGAGCAAGUAAAUCUUUCCCUGUCUGCUGGUGGAGAUGACUCAAUCAAACAUGCUUUAAUUACUAACAUGACAUAUUGCUCACGAACAUCAUCACGGCAACAUUAAAUGCUCACCUCUGAAAUAACAUGCAGGGUCUGUGCUGGGAAGGUUUGUCUUUGGUACAUCUGAUGUUUUUUGUUUUUUUUCAUGCUUUAUUAAUCAAAUGGCCAUCAAGCACAGUGCUGGUGAACCAAAAGAGUUAAGAGUGUGUUCAAGUGUGGCCGACCAGCCGUAAGUGCUCUGAUGUGUCUUCU